ACACAUCUACGUCAGAUACACCCAGUCUGGUUCCGUCGGCCGUUGGAGCUACAUCUAAACGGGAGAUAGUGAGCGACAUUUUCGCCCCGGUGAUAAAGCCAUGGCACUUUCAGUCGUAUGGUGAUUUACAGUCAUCGUCGGUCGUUGAUAAACCCCGCCAUAUUCCAUAAACAGUCGAAAAGUGAUCCUUUAUCGUAGCAGGAUGCGUGAAUCGGACGGCAGUAUGGAAUUUUUCUUCAUACCGCAAAUUCAACAGUAUCUCCAAGAUAAUAUGGCCAAGGACUGGUGGCGCCGGUGCUCAGCCACGUUCUGGAGCCAAGAGUUCUGGCUGCCGGCCGGCCUCACCUGGGACGACAUCCACACCUCCAUGUACGACAUCCUCUUCAUUCCGCUGUUCCUCGGACUCUUCUUCGUGUUGCUGCGGCACUUCGUGGUCGAGCCCUUCGUGCUGCUGCCAAUAGCUCGCAAGGCACAGAUCCCCAACAAGCGCCCGAGACCUCCCGAACCUAACGAUACUCUGCAGAUCGUGUUCCAGCGCUACGAAACGUCCCCGCCCAAGAAGGUGCUGGCGGAAGCCUCGCGUGCAACGCGGCUGACGGAGCGCCAGGUGGAGCGAUGGCUGAGGCGCGCGUACUCCAUGAAUCGCUUCAACAGGCACGACAAGUUCUUGGACUGCGGCUUCAAGAUGGUGUGUCACAUCUGGUUCGGGAUCAUGGGCGCAGCUGUUACGUUGUCCAAGCCGUGGUUCUGGGACACCACACUCUGCUGGGAAGGAUACCCAAAUCACCCUGUAUCCACUGACGUGUACUGGUAUUACAUGAUCCUCCUCGGGUACUACUGGGCCAUCACCUACUCUGAGCUCCCCCGUCCGGGCGGCAAGGGCUCGGACAAGGCUCAGAUGAUCCUGCACCAUUCGCUUACUAUCCUGCUCAUCGUCUUUUCGUGGACCACAGGAUACGUACGGAUAGGCACCCUCAUCCUGUUCGUCCACGAGUACUCGGACAUCGCUCUUCUGGCCGCCAAGGUCUGCCACUACGCAGGGUACGAUGCCCCUACGGAGCCCCUCUUCGUGGCAUUCCUGGUCCUGUGGGGCAUCACCAGGUGCGGCAUCCUACCCUUCUGGAUAGUCCGAAGCGUGUUCACCGAGGCCGCCCCAGCGGGAGUGAAGAUGCCGGCGCUGUACAUGAUGCAGUCGUGGUUCGUGGGGCUGCUGUGCCUCACCGCCAUCUGGACGGGGCUCAUCGUGAGGACGAUGGCGAAGAAGCUGAGAGGCGAAGGGCUGAAGGACGCCCGCUCUGCCACCGAGGACUCCGACAGUGACAAAGCUGAGAAGAAAGACUGAGGCGGGACUUUUAUGCUGUCUUUAUUUAUAUUAUCUUAAAUAAUGUAUCUUAUGUAACUUUUCUUGUUCUUGUUUCUUGUCGUUUUCCUUUCGUUGUUUCUUGUUCCCAAAUUAUGGAUUUAUGUUUGCUAUACAGCCUUUUACGUCUGUGAUUAUAUUUGUAAUAAGAAUAUAAGGGUAAAGUUUUUUUGUAGUUUA